AAGCAGUCCAAUUAUAGAAAUAGUUCAUCAUACAUUUAAUUUUUAUCGCAUACUAGAGGAAGUACCCGCUGCAAGUUCUCUCUUACACAAUUCUCGCUGCAAAAUCCUGGUCUUACAGUUCCGGCUGCAAACUCUCUCUCAUACAGUUGUCGCUGUGAAAUCCCUCUGAUACGGUUCCCGCUGCAAAAUAUUUAUAUUUCAAGCACUUUCCGUAUUCGAUCUCCUCGCUACUUUUCCUUAUAUAUACAGAAGUGUGAUUGAUGGUUCGGUGACGUUACCUAUCAUAGAACCACCUGGGUAAAGUUUCAAUCACGCUCUCUCCCCCGAUGACUAUGCCAAUCCCCGUCGAUCGUCCUUGGGACCUAAGGAUGCAGCAUGGAAAGUUGGUGAUCAUAGCUAUUACAGAGACCGAAUGCAUAGCGCACAGAAGAUGUGCGCUCAGACGGCCUUCGGCCACCUUCGCUAGCUAUUUUUUUUAAUUUUUUCAAAAUACUGCAAUCGUAUUGGUCAGUUCUAUAGAUUGCCCGUAGCAAGUACCGGACUGCUGUAAAUAGAUAAAGCAUGUGGAAUGUUCUAUUGGAGCGCUCGGACGGCCUUCGCUAUCAAUGUUUUUUUAACCUUUUGGAAUGCUGUAAUCCUACUGGUCAGUUUCAUAGAUUGCCUGUAACAAGCGUAUGAUUUAUUUUUUUGCAACAAAGUAGACGUCGACCUUCCCCUGGUUGUAGACAACAUUUCUGGAAAGUUUCAUUGCAUUUGAUCGUACGGUCUCCAAAUGCAUAAAGAACAAACAAACAGACAGACAUUCUGCUUUAUAUAUAUAUAUAUUUAUUGGCAACAAUGCUCGCCUGGAGAGAUCAAGCAUCUAAAACAACUGCUAAAAUAAUCAUAUUGUCUGCCGUAUUCGUGGAAAUAGUUUGUCCUUUUUCUUUUUUUAAAAUAAAAUAAAAUUUUUUACAAUUAUAGGUAAUUUUUCUUUGGGUUUUUAUUUCACAAAUACUUCUAUUUAUAACACAACCCAGGACGAUGAUUCCUGAAGCAGUAUUCCCAGAACUUCCGGGUUGUCUUUAUGUUCUUCUUGGUAAUCCAAAAUUCUUUUUACCGUUAAAAAAUUCUUAG